AUGUCGAAGAGAAAACUCAUAGUAGCCAUACUACUGUGCUCGAUCUUCAUGGUAGUGGAAUACGUUGGCGGAAUCAAAGCUCAUAGCUUGGCCCUUCUCACGGAUGCAGCUCACCUAAUAGUGGAUGUUGUUUGCUUUGCAAUCUCUAUCUUUUCUCUCUAUGCAUCUGGAAGGAAAGCAACACCAAGGCUGAGCUACGGGUAUUUCAGAAUCGAGAUUCUUGCGAAUCUUGUUUCUAUACUACUUCUUUGGGCUCUCACUGGGUGGAUUGUCCAUGAAGCAAUCACAAGGCUAAACCAUAAGAAGAGAGAAACCAAAGGAUCUCUUAUGUUUGGAGUUGCUUCCUUUGGCCUUAUCGUCAACUUCGCCAUGGUUUUCUUGUUUGGCCAUCAUGAUCACCAUAACCAGGAAGAAGAUGGAGGCAGCACCGAGGUUUUGGUGAAUAACGGAACCUCAGAGGGAGAAGAAGCUAAGAACAUUAAUGUACAAGGAGCUUAUCUUCAUGCAAUUACAGAUUUAAUCCAGAGUGUAGGAGUGACGAUAAGUGCUGGAUUUAUCUGGUGGAAGCCGAAAUGGAAAAUUCUUGAUCUGAUCUGCACAAUGAUCUUUGCGGUUCUGGUAUUUGGAAGAACCAUAUGUACCGUGGUGAAGCUAUUUGGCAUUCUGAUGGAGAUAGCUCCAAAAAAGAUCGAUUGUACUAAAUUCGCCGAGGGUCUCUGCGGGUAUGGAAGAAGUCAUUUCGGUCCACGAGCUUCACGUUUGGGCUAUAACGAUUGGCAAAGUUUGUUUGACUUGUCAUGUUAA